CUUCACCAUUUCAAAUUUUGUUUUUACAUAUUCAGGCUACAAGUAUGUGACACGAAUACAUAAAUAAAAUUUGUCGUUUUGUUUUAAAUGAUAAUGCCUAUAAAUUCUUUAAAAAUAAAUAAUAAUAACAAAAUAAAAUAAACAAACAAAAAAAUGAAACGUGAAGUGGGCAACGAUUGACAUGUGCGCUGUAAUUUUUAUUUUUUUCUUCUCAACUAAAACGAAAGAAGAUUGUCAAGUGUAUAAAAUACUGCUUUGAAGGCCUCACUUAGGAUGGGAGACGAGGUGACUGACGAUAAAAAUUCAAAGCAUGAAGACGAGCCAGCUUGUUCGUUGUACGUGUCGAGAGCAAUCAACAGUCAUCCUCAGGGCUUGCCGGAUGAAUUGUCAAAAGUUUAUUUGGAGGAAGCCAUACGAGAGUCUGAGCCAUCGGGUAGUUGGAAUGUUUCACAAACGUCUUGUGGAUUAAUAGCGACAUUUUCACUGGAAGCAGACGCGGAAAAAGUCGUUCAGCGGGGCCAUUUAUCCCGAAGAUUUCAGGGGUCUAUCCAGGUGGCCCGGUUUUCCGCUCGUGAUUCAAAGCAUCUGAAAUCAGUCUACCUGCGUGACGUUCCUUGGGCUAUUCCUCUGGAAGAUUUAAAGACAGCGCUUAUAAAGCAAGGAAUUACUAUCUCAGCUAUCGAGAGAUACCGGCAGUACGUCCGGGUUGAGGUCCUGGAUGCUUGUCAAUAUGAACUUUUGCUGAGUCAGGGGCUUGAUUUCUUUGGCGCAGCUAGAUUUAGUGCAUUACCGGAGCGCGUUAAUUGGUGGAGAUCGACUGCCAAUGGAGUAAAUGGACCUUAUCAACUAGGAGUUAUUCCUGGUAACUCGGCAGAAGGAUCAAAUAGCCAGCAAUCUGAUGGAGUGCUUCAGUGCUACCGAUGCCAGGGGUUUUGGCACGUGGCUGCCAAUUGCAGACACUUGCCUCGGUGCGUACGCUGCGGAGAACCUCAUAGCGUUGAAUUUUGUUCUCGUCCUCGGAACAAUCCUGUCUGCUGCCAUUGCUCCGGUCCUCAUCAUGCUGGAUAUAAACAGUGUCCAGUGAGACUGCAACUUUUGAAUGCCACGCCGAUAAGCAUAACUUUAAGUACAAGUCGUGCUCAUGAUUGCCCUCUCAAAUCUAACGUUUCUCAAAGCCAACAGGAUAUGACAGCAAACCAUCAACAAUGAAAAACUAUUAGAAUUUUAAACAAAAAAUAUCUAAACUAAAAUCUAAAUUGCAGAUAUUAAAAUGAAAUAAAUCAUUUCACGGUGAAGAGAUUCAAUUUUAAAGCAAUA